AUGGCAGUUAAAGCACAUGUCAGUUCCUCAGACAUCCUUCUGCAAAACCUUCACACACAUUUCAAGCCCAUCCUUUUCUCUUCUGUACAUAUUUGUGCUGUUGGAGGCAACAAAGGAGGCCCACCCUCGGACCCCGACAGGCACAUGUGGAGACUGCCCGCCCCCCCGCCUGGGAUGGAACACCGACACCCACCUUCUAAGUGUCUCAUGGUGGCUAAGUGGAGGCCUCCCAUUGACCAACAUGCCAGCUGGAUGGAAAAUGCCUUCACGUGGACACAGCCCCUGUUCGAAGACAAUUUAUCUUGUCUGUAA